GCAUGGCGGCGGUGGAGACGCGGGUCUGCGAGACGGACGGCUGCAGCAGCAAGGCCAAGCUCCAGUGUCCCACCUGCAUCAAGCUGGGCAUCCAGGGCUCGUACUUCUGCUCGCAGGAAUGCUUUAAAGGAAGUUGGGCUACUCACAAGUUACUACAUAAGAAAGCAAAAGACAAAAAGGCAAAACGGGAAGUGUGUUCCUGGACCGUAGAAGGAGAUGUGAACACUGAUCCAUGGGCAGGCUACCGGUACACUGGUAAACUCAGACCACAUUACCCACUGAUGCCAACGAGGCCAGUGCCCAGUUACAUUCAGAGGCCAGACUACGCUGACCAUCCCUUAGGAAUGUCUGAAUCUGAACAAGCUCUCAAAGGUACUUUUCAAAUCAAAUUACUCUCAGCUGAAGAUAUAGAAGGGAUGCGACUUGUUUGUAGGCUUGCUAGAGAAGUCGUGGAUAUUGCUGCUGGGAUGAUUAAAGCAGGUGUAACUACUGAAGAAAUUGAUCACGCUGUACACUUAGCAUGCAUUGCAAGAAAUUGCUAUCCUUCUCCCCUGAAUUACUAUAAUUUCCCAAAGUCUUGUUGUACCUCAGUGAAUGAAGUCAUCUGCCAUGGGAUUCCAGACAGACGGCCUUUGCAAGAAGGUGAUAUUGUUAAUGUGGACAUCACUCUUUACCGAAAUGGUUAUCACGGGGAUCUAAAUGAGACCUUUUUUGUUGGAGAUGUGGAUGAAGGAACACGGAAGCUUGUCCAGACUACAUAUGAAUGCCUGAUGCAAGCCAUUGAUGCAGUGAAGCCUGGUGUUCAAUACAGAGAGCUGGGAAAUAUCAUUCAGAAACAUGCCCAAGCAAAUGGAUUUUCAGUUGUUCGAAGCUAUUGUGGGCAUGGAAUCCACAAACUUUUCCAUACAGCCCCCAAUGUGCCACAUUAUGCCAAAAAUAAGGCAGUUGGUGUGAUGAAGUCUGGCCACGUGUCUACAAUUGAGCCAAUGAUUUGUGAAGGUGGAUGGCAGGAUGAAACCUGGCCAGAUGGCUGGACUGCAGUGACGAGGGAUGGGAAGCGAUCCGCCCAGUUUGAGCACACUCUGCUGGUCACGGACACUGGCUGUGAAAUUCUUACCCGGAGACUUGAUAGCUCUCGGCCUCAUUUCAUGUCCCAGUUUUAAUCCUCCCAAGAUGCCUAAUGUCUGAACACCAUCUUGUACUGUGUUUUUUAUUGAAAGUACAGAAAUGAAGAGCCUUUUAGAAAUCCCUCGGUUUGUUUUGACUGUGGCUGAGGAGGGACUGCAGCAUUUGGUGUGUGUCCUCAGAGCUUUUUGGGGGUCUGAAAGAGCUGAGAAGAAUAAAGGAAACAUUGCUUACUUCCUUCGGUCCCUAGCCUCACCCCUCAGUUCUCUGUACUCUGUCUUUGACCCUGAUGUGCUUCCCAUUGCUUUAUCACUGCCACAGACAAGCUGCUUUCCAGGAGAGUGUUGGAGAUGAGAAAUCGUGAAACUAGCAACACAUUGCUCCAGAUUUUUAAUUAUAUAUUGGUAUAUAUGGAAAUAUAUAUGCAUACAUUUUAAAUUCCAUAUACGAAAUUAUUGAACACUGACCUUUGGUCUGGGUUGAUUCUACCUUGACAGGAUAUCUGCUGUCAUAAGUGGAUCCAUAAUUUGUUAGUGGUUAAUUCCUGGGUGGGAAUUGGACUCCGCUCACCCUCAUGCUAAUUAUUUACUGUUGUAUGCGUGUAGGAAAGACUUCCUGCAGUGUGGACUCAGUGAGUGCAUGGGAAGGCUCACUUGGGAGGUUGUCAGAGUGUAAGGUCUGGUGUGGGGAAAUAGCUGCGCUGCAGCGUCAUUUCACAGUACACCGCUGUCUCAGACCCAUCUGGCCAGUGAGAGGUCACAAAUCCCUUUUCUUCAGAACUCUUUUUUGCUGAGGUUUCCCUCCAAAGUACUCAGAGAAGAGUGACAGUUGUCCCGUGGCAGGCAGAUGAUGGGGGAAGAAUUCCAAUGUCUCCAGGUGUCCGCAGAGUCGUGGUGACUGAGAGUUUAGCAUUUAGUAACUGGCAGCAGUGAGAAAGGACUCUAAGUGCCCAUGGGCAUGCAUGCUGCUGUCCUGUGUCGCAAUGUACCUCACUCUAGAUGGAGACAUACCAGAUCAUAAAGCUGUCAUGAGAGUAUCCUUGAUUCCUGGCUAUCUCAUGACUUUAUUGUAAUAUAAUUUGAUACCAGUGACACAUACUUUAAGACAUCAUCUUUUCCAGAGUGCCUCAGACCUGAUUGCUUUAAGAGAAUGAUAAUGUUUUCAUGACUUUAAUGAUUUAGUAAAGUGAUUGAAUCUGGUGUAGACUUCUGGGUGUGUGUGUGUGUGUGUGUUUAAAGUUUUUAAUCAAACUGUAAUAUUUGUGAAUGGAAUGCUUUGUAAUAUGAAUGUUAAUAUAAUAUGUAAAGGGAGAUUAAAAGUUUGAAUGAUUAUCCAAAAAAAAA